CGUCCAUCUUGAUCAGGUUCUUCACUUAAAUAAUCACAAAGAGGAUGGCGCGAACGUCUGACUCUUCAUCAGGAUCAAGACGAUCAGGCAGUACUGAAACGGUUAGUUUAUCUUCAGUUGAUGAGAAAAUUCAUCUGACUGAACGUGGAGAGAGCCCAAAGAGGUCAGCAUUUCUGUGGCUGGCUUUGUUUAUUGUGAUCGUCAAUUGCUCCUGGGGUGUUCACCGUUAUCAGUUUCAGACUCUGCCAGUCCCACUUAGUGCUGAUCAGGCAGGCAAAAAGGGUUUCUCAGAAUAUGAGGCGAUGGAGCAUGUAAAGGCCUUGACGGAAUUGGGUCCUCAUCCUGUUGGUUCAGAUGCUCUUGAUCUUGCAUUGCAGUAUGUUUUGGAAGCAGCUGAACAGAUAAAAAAAGUAGCUCACUGGGAGGUUGAUGUUCAAGUGGAUUUCUUCCAUGCAAACUCUGGUGCAAAUCGUCUUGCAGCUGGGCUAUUUAAGGGGAGAACACUUGUUUAUUCGGACCUUAAGCAUGUAGUCGUGAGAAUCCUGCCUAAAUAUCUACCGGAAGCAGAGGAAAAUGCGAUUCUGGUUUCUUCUCACAUUGAUACUGUUUUCUCAACAGAAGGAGCUGGAGACUGCAGUUCAUGUGUGGCUGUUAUGUUGGAGCUUGCUCGAGGGAUUUCUCAAUGGGCUAAUGGGUUUAAGAAUGCUGUUAUAUUUUUGUUCAAUACUGGGGAGGAGGAAGGUCUCAUUGGUGCUCAUAGCUUUAUAACUCAGCAUCCUUGGAGUAAAACUAUUCGUUUGGCUGUUGAUUUGGAAGCCAUGGGUAUUGGGGGGAAGUCCAGCAUAUUUCAGAGUGGUCCUGAUCCUUGGGCUAUUGAAAACUUCGCCAUGGUAGCAAAAUAUCCGUCUGGCCAAAUCAUUGCACAGGAUCUCUUUCUUUCAGGAUUCAUAAAAUCUGCAACUGAUUUCCAAGUGUACAAAGAAGUUGCUGGUCUUUCUGGGCUUGAUUUUGCAUAUACUGAUGCUGGUGCCGUAUACCAUACAAAGAAUGAUAAAUUAAAGCUUUUGAAGCCUGGCUCCCUUCAGCAUCUUGGAGAAAACAUGCUCGCCUUUCUGCUUCAGACUGCUGCAUCAUCUCGUUUUCUGUCAGACAAGGCUAUUGAAACCAGUGAAGACAUUAGUCAAGACCAGGCUAUAUAUUUUGACAUUAUGGGGACAUACAUGAUUGUGUAUCGUCAACGUCUUGCAAGUAUGCUUCAAAAUUCAGUGAUAAUUCAGGCACUUCUAAUCUGGACAACAUCAUUGCUUAUGGGCGGUUAUCCUGCUGCAGCAUCUCUGGCCUUAUCAUUUAUAAGUAUUCUCAUCAUGUGGAUAUUUUCUCUAAGCUUCUCUGUUCUUGUUGCCUUCCUUCUACCUCUCAUUUGUUCCUCGCCUUUGCCCUAUAUCGCAAGCCCAUGGUUAGUAAUUGGCUUGUUUGGGGCACCUGCUUUUAUUGGGGCACUAACUGGUCAACAUGUGGGUUAUCUCAUUCUUCAAAAAUAUCUGUGGCAUGCCUCUUCCAAGAGGGAACAGAAGCGAUCUCCUGCUAUUCAAGCUGAGUUAAUCAAGUUGGAGGCUGAAAGGUGGCUCUUUAAGGCUGGCUCUGUUCAGUGGUUACUUAUUUUAAUGGUGGGAAAUUUUUAUAAGGUUGGAUCUUCCUACAUAGCUGUCAUUUGGCUAGCCUCACCUGCUUUUGCAUAUGGCUUUUUGGAAGCAACACUAUCUCCAGUCCGAUCGCCAAAGCCUCUCAAGAUUGUAACCUUACUGCUAGGAAUUACUGUUCCCAUCAUAAUUUCUGCUGGUAUACUCAUUCGUCUGGUGGGCACAAUAACUGGGAUUAUGGUCCUUUUUGAUAGGAAUCCUGGUACCAAACCUGAAUGGCUAGGCAAUGUAAUGGUUGCUGUUUUUGUUGCUGCAAUUAUUUGCCUUACAUCAGUAUAUGUUCUUUCCUAUAUUCACCUUUCAGAUGCUAAAAGAUCAAUCUUUCUUGCAACUGGUGCCCUGUUCGGCCUCACACUCAGUUUAGUUCUGUCAGGAAUAGUUCCACCAUUCACUGAAGAUGUUGCCCGAGCUGUAAAUGUUGUACAUGUUGUUGAAACAACAGGCCAAUAUGGGGAGAACCAAAACCCAUUUUCAUAUAUUUCUCUAUUUUCUCCAACUCCGGGCAAGUUAAUGAAGGAGGUUGAACAUGUCAAAGAGGAAGGAUUUAUUUGUGGAAAAGAGAAAGUAAUUGAUUUUGUUACUUUUAGGGUUGAGUAUGGUUGCUGGAGUUCUGAUGAUACCUUACGUGGGUGGAGCAAAGCAGACAUUCCAACUCUGCAUGUUGAAAGUGAUGAGAAGGGAGAUGGAAGGAGCACACAGAUUUCAAUCGAUACAAAAGUUUCUACACGCUGGUCACUGGCAAUCAAUACACACAAAAUUGCAGAUUUUAAGUUUGAAGAAAAUUCAGAUGAGUUGGUUCCAGUAGGGAACAAGAUCGGAAUUCAUGGAUGGCACAUUAUUCAAUUUGCUGGGGGGAAGAAUGCGCCAACAAAGUUUAAUCUUACUCUCUUUUGGGUAAAGAAUUAUGCCCAGUUGACUCACAAGCCAGAUGCACAGAGAAGGGAUCAGCAUCUCCUCUUGAAAUUAAGAACAGAUGUGGACAGACUGACGCCAAAAUCUGAAAGAGUACUAACGAAGCUUCCUACUUGGUGUUCUCUGUUUGGUAAGUCGACUUCUCCUAACACAUUAGCUUUCUUAAGUAGUCUUCCUGUUGAUUUUUAGGCCCUUUUGGUCUCUUACUGAAAAAUGUAUGUAUUGAGUCGAAAACUUUCUUGAGUUGCAGUAUGCUUGAUAGGUACUAUUUUCUACCUAAAUUGGUUAUUAUAUUAUUUUGCUGUAAUUGUUACCGGAUGAGAAUUGUUUCCUCUUUUCAAUUUAGUUGUAAAAGAGAGAAUAUAGAUCUGUUCUAAGUUAUUGGUUGUGCUACUUGUAUUUCUUCUCUUA